UAAUAAAAGGACACCACAUCCUGCCAAAUUCCAGCUGCGCUAAUUGUAUUGUGUUCACAGAGCUCACAAGCUAUCAGAAAGUUGUAUGGCAACCACCUCCGGCGCCAAAUAGAACUGGCAGACAUAGACAUUCAGUACAAGAAGAAAAAGAUGGAAAAUCUUGCACUGGAGUCCGAAAUAAAAAAGAGGACAAUUAGGAAACUGGACCUUGAAAUAAAAAAACUUGAGAGGGAGCUCCAAGAAGAUGACACAGCUGAUGACCAUCUAUAUGAAAGAUACAGGUUUUCUGCAGAUGGCAUCAGGUAUCUAUGCAGACUACUGGGUCCCAGGAUUAAGCACCGCACUGCACGGAGCCAUGCACUGAGUGUGGAGCAAAUGGUUUGUGUGGCCUUGCGCUUUUUUGCUAGUGGAGCCUUCCUGUACUCAGUGGGGGAUGCAGAACAGCUGAACAAGGCCACAAUUUGCCGCACAAUAAGGAGUGUGUGUCUGGCUAUCAAAGCAUUAGCAGAUGUCUUCAUCUCCUUCCCUGGCCACAGAAGACUCUGUGACAUCAAAGAGGAGUUCUAUAGGAUUGCAGAUGGUCUGCAAUGCUGACUGUGUGAUCAGCAAUGUUGUGGCAAAAUGGCCUGGCUCAGUCCAUGACUCCAGAUUCUUUCGGGCCUCUGAAAUCUAUCAGUGCCUAUCACAAGGUGAAUUCUCUGGUGUGUUGCUGGGAGACAGGGGGUAUGGCUGCCAGCCUUUUCUCCUGACACCUUUCACAGACCCCCAGGAAACACAGCAGGCCUACAACCAUGCCCAUGCCAGGACCAGGGCCAGAGUUGAAAUGACCUUUGGCCUCCUGAAGGCACGCUUUCACUGCCUUCACAAAUUAAGGGUCAGCCCUGUUAGGGCAUGUGAUAUUACUGUGGCUUGUGCUGUCCUCCACAAUGUGGCCUGCCUGAGGAAGGAGAGGGCCCCCAGAGUGCCACCAGCCAUGGACUGGGACAAUCCGGCAAUCUUCCCUGAUGACGACAGUGGUCGGCUGCUGAGGGACCAAUAUGUGUUGAAUUAUUUUAGUUAGUAUGUGUGCUUUCAAUUUUGGUUAAAUAUGUCCUGCGGUGGCAGAGGAAUUUGGGUUUUUUUGGGUUCGUUUUUUUUAACGAAUUUGGCCUCUUAUGAUGUUUGUGCGGUAUACUGUGUGUAAUACAAGGCUGCAGGGAGGCUACUGCAUCCAUUCAUUUGUCUGUUCAGUUGAUGUGUAUGGAUUUGUGCAGACAUGCAGGGUGUGUUAUAUACAGACCUUUGAAUGUGUAUGUAUCAUUUUGUAUAAUAUGCUUGGAUUCUGUGCUUUCCAUCUUGUAGAGUCACUGUGACUUCAGUUUCGAAAGGAGCUGAUGGUUUACCUGCUUUGUUUUGUCCUUAUUCAAUAAAGGAACAUAAUGUUA